AGAUAUAUAAAAGAUAGGCGUGUCUGCAGUUUUGCUUAGCAAAUUUUAUUAAAAAUUCAAUGAUUUGUUUUUCUUUUCGUUUUGUUUCGGAAAACGGUAAACUUUACAGCUACUAUUUUUGUUUAAUCUCUCUAGUUACUGAAACGACAUAGUGAUACCGUUUAACCCUGCGAAUGCCAAUUCAUACAGCAUUCCGACAAGGCUUGAAAUUCGCAAUGGAAUAACGAUUAAAGCGUCAACUGAAAUGAAAAAUACCCUCUGCAAGUAGCGACGGAUGUACUCGUAAAACACCUAAGGGUGCAACACUUCAGUUGAUGCGCUUAGAUUCAUUCUAUCCUUUGGCUGCUCUUUAGUUGUUCAUUUGAUUGCGCCUGUGCUUAAAGGACGCGCCCGAUGUGAGUUGAUAAGCUUGCUUAGUCUUUUAUUGAAUAUGGUGUAGUGCGGUUACAAAAAUACAGUUAAUUUAAGAUAUUAACACAUAUUGCUUAUAAUACUUAUAUAAAUUGUGCAAUAUAGUAUUUGGAAACUUAAAAUAAAAAGGAUUCGCUGUUGAAAUAAAAUAGUUACAAUUAAUAAUGCAUUGUAUAUUCACAAUCACACGUUUAUUAAUAAUAGAAUUUCUGCGGAAUAGAAAAAGGAAAGCAUUUAUAAUGGUGAAAAUCGAUUAGCUCUGCCGAAAUAGUUAUACAUAACAAAGUGAAUCGUUGGUCGGGCCGCUUAAAUCACAAACCAGAACAAUUAUUAUAUACUUCCACUUAUGUAUGUGUAUAUGUGUCAUUUAACAAUUAAUCGUUACCAAAUAAAAAUUAUGCAAAUUUAUUGGAGUAAAAAUCUUGUGCAGAAUGUGAAAUAAUUUUCCUUUAAUAAUUAUGUAUUUAACAAAGAAGAAGGAAAAAUGAAUGCAUACGUAAUACAAGUGUAGUGUGUACAUAUAUACAUAUGCUAUAUAUAUAUGCAAUACUAAAAAUACAUAUGCAAUAGUAAAUGCAUACAUACACACACAAGAGUGGUUCAUCCAUCAUCGUAAGAGGCCUUAUGUACAAAGAUUGUUUACUCUUAUGCGCUGCAGAAGAAAUACAUAUGUAACUGCCAAUUAUUGUAGCUUCACCUCAAAACUGUUUGGCCGUAGAACAACAUAUGUACUGUAUGUGUAAUGCUUUCAUAAGCAUUUUCAUUCGUCCAAAUUGCCGUUUAAUAAUUAAAUUUAAUAUUGUUAUGUUGAACUUGCAUUCAUGUCACAAUGAAAUUGAGUGUGAGUGCGUAUCGCGCGCACGCAUCAGCACACAAAAAAAUCCUUUCGAGCGGCUACCAUUCGCAACUCAACUACGGCAGCACAGGUGCGGCAAUUUCUUCUUCUGCUGUCUUGCAAAUGACGGACCCGGCCGAACACGCAAUGUCAUUCAAAGAUCGCCAUGGAAUCGAAUGCAAUAGUGACACAGAUAUCGUUAGCCCAUCCGGUACGAGUAGCUCCGGCCAGGAACGAACUGGCACUAUAAGAAAAACGCAACUACGUGGGAGCGACAAUGAUAAUGAUAGUAAUACACAUUAUUCCGACAUUAAAAGCCCCGUAUCAAAGAAAACAGAUAUCAGCGAAAAACCGUCGGACCUAGAUGCUGAUUGGAACCGCUCCAAUCAACGAUGGAUGAAGCUCAGAACAACUGUCCAAAUAUCCUCAGCGAUACAGAAAAAGCCACCGUUAAAGCGCGAGGACUCUUUUUUAAAGCGUUUCUCUACGCGUCAAAUUCCAGAAACUCAGGAAACGGUCGAAGACACUGGAUCAGAGAGCGCCUUUGGAGAAUCUAACAAAAGUACAAAACGUCGGCGUCGAUUUUUACAAAAGCGGCGUUCUGUUGUUAAUCCAGAUGAAAAUUUUUAUUUCUAUUGGUUAAUGAUACUAACUGUUUCCGUUUUAUAUAACUUAUGGGCCCUUAUUGUGCGGCAAAGCUUUCCUGAAUUACAGCAAGCUGUUCCUAUUUUUUGGUUCGUUUGUGAUGCGCUCACGGAUAUUGUUUUCGUUUUCGACAUUAUUGUCCAGCUGCGCACGGGAUACCUCGAACAAGGACUGAUGGUUUAUGAUGACAAAAAAUUGGCACUUCAUUAUAUUCACUCUCGAGAUUUCGUCUUAGAUAUGGUAUCGUUGAUUCCUUUGGAUUUAAUACAACUAAAAAUAGGCGCAAAUCCUCUUUUACGAUUUUCUAGAUUUUUCAAGGUGUAUCGAUGUGUGAAAUUCUAUUAUAUUGUUGAAAGUAGGACUGUUUGGCCAAACUUAUGGCGCGUAAUAAAUUUAAUACAUAUUCUAUUAAUUUUGGCGCAUUGGUUCGGAUGUUUUUAUUAUCUACUAUCGGAAGCUGAAGGAUUUCAGGGAGACUGGGUAUAUCCUUAUAGGCCAGGCGAUUACGCGACGUUGACGAGAAAGUAUUUAGGCAGCCUAUACUGGUCUACUCUUACUUUAACUACAAUUGGAGACUUACCAACGCCCGAAACAAAUGCAGAACCAAAUUUCUCAGUGGACGGCCCAAGAUCUAUACCAAGACGUGGUAUACGAUCUAGAUUACUGCAAUUCGGUUCGAAUUAUGGGUACAUUUUUACAAUUGUCAGCUAUCUUAUUGGAGUUUUCAUUUUUGCAACCAUUGUCGGUCAAGUUGGAAAUGUGAUAACAAAUCGUAAUGCAAACCGCCUGGAAUUCGAACGCUUGCUAGAUGGAGCCAAGACUUACAUGCGUCAUCAUAAGGUUCCAGGGGGAAUGAAAAGACGUGUACUCCGGUGGUACGACUACAGUUGGUCUAGAGGACGUAUACAAGGAGGAGGUGAUAUUAACACAGCAUUGGGCUUAUUACCAGACAAGCUGAAAACAGAACUAGCGUUACAUGUUAACUUGAGUGUCUUAAAAAAAGUCACUAUAUUUCAAGAGUGUCAACCAGAAUUUUUACACGAUUUGGUGUUGAAAAUGAAAGCAUAUAUAUUUACACCAGGUGACUCAAUUUGCCGUAAAGGUGAGGUAGCCAGAGAAAUGUUCAUAAUAGCUGAUGGCAUACUCGAAGUGCUCAGUGAAACCGGUAAAGUGCUUACAACCAUGAAGGCUGGCGACUUUUUUGGUGAAAUCGGAAUUCUAAACCUGGAUGGCCUUAAUAAACGUACGGCUGAUGUACGCUCAGUUGGUUACUCUGAAUUGUUUUCAUUGUCUAGAGAAGAUGUACUGGCCGCUAUGAAAGACUACCCCGAAGCACAAGAAAUUUUGCAAACUCUUGGACGAAAGCGGCUUAUGGAAGUCCGUUGUGUAAAUAAGAAGUACGCAAAAACACAAAAUAAUAAUGAGCAAUCGGAUCAUCCACGUGUAUAUAGCAAUAUUAAUCGAAGCGACAGUAGCGAAAAUAGUGCCUCAAAAAAAAUCGUGUACAAAUUAAGAAACGAUGUAAAAGGAAUACGAAGCAUGCUUAAAAAGACAAGGACCCGAAGAAGUGAUGAAUCGUUAGAAAUUCAACCGCUGCAUGAAAUCUUUAAGAAAGGCAAUAAAACGACUUUGAAACGUAUGUCAAACGUACGUUCUGAUGAGAAGGAGGGAAAUGAAGAAAAGCCGCAUCAGGACAAAACACCUAGUCCAAUUGGUGCAGGACUACCAUUGCUCCAAAGGUUACGAUUGCUCAAAGAGAAACAGGAUCGCGAAGAGAAAGCGGCAAAGGCAAUCACUCCUCAGAUAUCACCCCCGCAUGUGCAUAUUGCCAACACAUUAUCGCCACAGGAAUCAAUCCAGGAAGAACUCGAGACUGAAGUAAACGAAGCCCUUCCGCUGAUGCAAAGACUACAAAUGCUAAAAAAUAAACAGGAAACGACUACGAACAGCGACGUAAAGCCCGCAGUCAAACACAAUCCGCCUGUUACUUUGAAGCAAAAGAUACAAAUGCUUAAUUUUGCUGUAGCGACAAAGGCAGAUCCUACGGACAACAAGUCGAAAGACGAAAAAUCGACGACUGGAGAUAUAGGUCAACAGCAGCCCGGAAAAACACUUGAUGUGCAGAAACAUAUUAAACGCGACCUAGGUGCAAUUAAUAAAUCGUCAAAGGCGGUAUCAGGAAUGUCAUUAAAACUCAUAAAACCGUCCAUAAACACCUCAUCAGAACGCUCAGAUAGUGAUAUGUCUAUUAAGCCAUGGUCAAAACUUAAGUUAGCGACGAUAAUAUCAACAAGUUAUAAUAAUUUAGCAAAAUUUUCCCCAGGAGACUCAGAUACAGAAGCAAAAACAUGUUCUUCAACCGAAACAUCCCAAACUCCUGAUCAAGGGCCUGCGGUUUUGACAGCCACUACAACAUCUACAAACACUCUACAUUCUGCAACUGCGAGCACUCUUAAUACAAACCUGUCACAGGAAACAAAGAUUUUAGAAAACAUACGGAAACACACGAAAUCUUCAUCAGCAAAUCAUGCAAACGAAAGCAGAAAAUCGUAUCACUCUGUUUUUGAUUUAUCGCCGGAGUAUAGCGGUUUACCAUUCGUAAAACGUCUAAAAAUCCUGAACGAACGUCAGAAGUUAGAAGAACUUGAAAAGGCAUUACAAAUUCGAAGUUUUAGCUUGGACAGUUCUAAAAUAAACAGUCAACUCGCAGUGCCAGAACCGUUGUAUCGUUGUUUCAGUGAUGUUUCUGAAAUGUACUCGCAACUUUUUACAGCUUAUGAAUCCAGUUCAUCCAAUUCGACGAAUACAUCAUUGUCGAAUAACAACAAUGAAAGAAAAGACAAAUAUAUACCACCUGCCUAUUUACCUCUUAGUCCCGAGCAAAAUGAAACUUCCGAACGGCAAAAGUUAAAGUGCAUUUUACAGAAACUCCGUCACAGUUCAGAGGAAUACAAAACUGGUGUUCAAAGUGGCAACGAAGACUCAUGCGCGAAGGAAAAACCAAAUAAGCGGUUGCUAAGAGAACCGACAUUAGAAGGUCCACCCAACAGCGCUCACAGAACUAUUCAAGAUGAACAGUAUAAAACCUUACGAACGGCUAGUGAAGACGAAGACAAAGACGUAAAGAUUUCUCGCGCGCCCAUAAUUUCCGCUUUUGGUACCAAUAAAUACUCCGAAAAUCCAUCGUUAAGUGGCGCUCAUUUUAAAGCCAUCUCAAAACGACGAAAUACACUUCAACUUAAUAAUAAUAUGAUGCAAUAUACUCCGAGCCCAUCUCAUUCGAAUCAACGCACAACAAAACGAUUGACAACAACGAUUGGGGACUCGAUAAGAACAGGAGAAAUACUCAACAUAGAAGAGAAUUUCAAUCGUGUAUGGAGUGAAAUUAAUAAUGUAAUUAAAGAUCACAUUACAGAAAUGCAUUUAAAAUUCGAAUUACAAUUUUCGGUGAUGGCCCGAGAAGUACGGAAACGCGAUGAAAUUAUUGCAAAUCUACAGUCGAAAAUUAGAAAUAUAGAAUUGAAAACAUCCUCGCCACGAAGAAAAACUGAUCUUAACAAAUUAUGGGUGGAUGCAGAUCUAAAGUCAGAGGACCACGCCAGCUCUAGUUCAUCAGCAGAACUACUCUUUAUGCGAGGAGACUCAUUGGAUACUGUUUUUAUGUCAUCUCCACCACAAGUUCAACGGCACAGUUCGUCACCGAUAUUUAAUAAUUUUUACAAAGACUCUUCUGGAUACAUUUCUUCACGGAGUUUGUAUAAAAAUAAAUCGGAAGAGAAUAUCACAAGGGGCAAGCAAGAAAAGAGAAAUUAUGUUGUUUCUGUGUCAGAUCUCACCGGGAAUUUAGACAGACAAGAUAGUGUUGUUCUUGAUAUUGGCGACAGUUCGAGUUCGAGUUCUUCUUCUAGCAAAUUAAAUAUCAAGUAUGAAGAUAUAGAGCAAAAAAAUGUGGAAGACAAUGUAUUCGCACAUGUGCAUCACAACGAUUGGGAGGUAAAAAUGCUUGCUGCGGAAAUGGCUAAACAAGAAAGAAAACGUGCGAAUUCCACUGACUUCAAGAGUAGUAAUUCAAUUUUAAGAAGACGUCGAAAAUUUAGUGAAACUGAAACAGACAUUAGUGAAACCGAUCCCGAAGUUGAAUCCUUCUCUCUAUCCAGACCUAGAGCUUCAAGUUUAGAUCAAUUUAAUUUAAGAUAUGGUACCGGAAAAGACAUUUUUAAAGCAAUUAGUAUCGAUCGUGAUAAAAAUAAACUUUGAGAUUUGCCAAUAUAUUAUCUAGGAUUACAUUAUACACACAUAUAUUAACAAAAACAAAAUGAAUGAACAUGUUGAUGCUUAUAAAAAAACAAAGAUGUCUUAUAGCGCAUAAGUUCGAUAACGCGUAGAAGAUGCUUUAUAGUUUGCAUAUUCUGGUGAGAAUAUGUGAAAGAAUUGUUGUUUUUUUUUUGCUGAAUAUUGAAAAUGUUUUGGAUUAUUUUUUUUUUACUUGAAAUGUAAGGCAAAAUAUCUUUAUAUAUGUAUACAAAUCUUCUGUACGUGUGUAUGUCAUUGAUCACCUCCUAAACGGCUGGACCGAUUUUAAUGAAAUUUUUUGUGUGUCUUCAUGUGGAUUCGAGAAUGGUUUGUAACCACCAUUCGGUCCAAUUUAAAUAGUGCAUACAACUUCUAUAUUUUAUACAUAAUAUAGAGUGGCCGAAAAAAUACUACAUACACCCUCUGUUUUCAUUGGUGUGAAAGUUCAAAUGCUUUUUGGUAAAAUCUGUUGAUACAGUUAAUUUUCUAUUUUUUUCUAUUUUCUAUUUUUCUAAUGCCUAAAAAAUUCCAUUAUUUCAAAUUAAUUAACAAUAUUAUGAAAGAAAAACUCUGAAAAUCCGUUGACAGAAGUUUACAUACAUUACAAAAAUAACUGAUUUUAGUGCGAAAAUUGUACUAACUUCAUGAUAUUAAUUGUUUUAGUACUGUCCUUCUACUCUAGGUAAUUUUUUUUAAUCUCACCAAUUCAUUUUUUCUUUUCCAUAUUUUAACAAAAAAUGUCUUAUGUCAACUAAAAUAGCUUUUCGCAUAGGAAUAUAGGCUAUUUAAGUGUCAAACAACAAUUAAAUUCAAUAAUAUCCUAACAAUAACCAUUAUAAUUAAAAAAAGCUAACGAUUCAUUACUACAACACUUGCAGUGUAUUUAUUAUGAGCUCGUAGAUUUUUGUCAACGGAAUUUUUGACUUUUUCUACAUUAUCACUCGCGGAAUCAGAGCUUUAGAAACUAUAAAUUUUAAAUUUGAUUUCAUUCAUUUACCAAAUUAUUACUUAACUUUAUUGAUUUCUACUUGUUGUAAUCGAUUUAUUUAUAUUAUGGAGAGUUGUUAAAGUGAAAGUUCAUUCGGCAAAUCGCCUUGUUGUCUAAAUUUUAAAACAUUCAUUUUUGGAAAUUGGUCACAAAGUACAUACAUACAUAUAUGUAUAAUGCCUUAUUUGGCAUCUUUGUUCUUUUAUAUCAUGAAUUUACAUACAAACAAUAC